UUGAAACUUUUCAAGCAAGUCCCGAGGAGUCAGGGUUCACAUUUGCCCACGGUUUGCAGAGGGAGAUUGUGUGAGCAGGUGUUUCCCCUGCUCUGUGCCCUUGGUUGUUUGCCAUGUCGGUCUGGAGUCGUUUGUGGUGCUCUGCGGCCGCUUCGGGAGCCCAAAGCCAGGCGACAGCUCGCUGUAAGCUCCAGGGAGCAGCCCGUCGCUGCAGCCGAGCCCCGCACGUACCAGCCAGGAGUGUCACAACAGCUGGACAGGGGGAGGCAGCUGGGAAGAAUUAUGUAAUCACUGAGAAGAAUGGAUCAAUUAUGACCAUUGGGCUUAACAGGCCUGAUGUAAGAAAUGCUGUCAACAGGAUCACAGCACUACAACUAUUGGAAGCAUUCACUACAUUUGAGAGGGACAAAGCAUUGACAGCGGCUGUACUAUAUGGAACAGGAGGUAACUUCUGUGCCGGUUAUGACUUAAAGGAGCUGCCUCAAGCUGCAGCAUCCACAAAGCAUGACCAGGAUGUCACGAAGGAUCCAGGUCCUAUGGGCCCAUCCCGCAUGCAGUUUUCAAAACCAGUGAUCGCUGCUGUGAGUGGAUAUGCUGUAGCUGGUGGACUAGAACUCGCUUUGUUGGCUGAUUUACGCGUGGUGGAACAAAGUGCUAUCAUGGGAGUAUUCUGCAGACGUUUUGGUGUUCCACUAAUAGAUGGAGGCACAGUAAGGCUGCCAAAGCUAAUUGGAUUAUCCAGGGCACUGGACCUUAUUUUGACUGGGCGUCCAAUCAGUGCGCAAGAAGCUUAUGAGUUUGGGCUUGUCAAUCGAGUCGUCCCAGCUGGUCAAGCUCUUCAAAGUGCCGUAGAGUUGGCUGAACAGAUAUCUGCUUUCCCCCAACACUGCAUGUGUGCUGACAGAGCCUCUGCUUAUUAUGGUAUGUUUGAUGCUUCCUCCUUUACUGAAGGCAUGCAGGCUGAAUUUGACAAUGCUAAAGAUGUGAUUUCAAAGGAAGCCAUCCCUGGUGCAAACAAGUUCAUCCUAGGAACUGGAAGACAAGGAAAAUUCUCUUAGCUUCUGAAAAGCAUGAAGAGAUGUGAACCACGGGAAGGAUUUUUUUUGCAGGGGCGGGGGAUGGUGGUUGAUUGGGGUCCUGAUCAGCACAGAUGGUGCUCUUCCUGAUUUAAGGUAUCCCUUUCUUCCUGCAGUUGACACAGGUUCAGAUCGAAGCAAUAAUUCAUAAUAACAACAAUUGAUGCAUUUAAAAAAAAAUUCUAACUGAGCAGGGACGCUUCCCAACAUCACAGCUGGCUAAAAGUUGUCAGGCGACAGAAAGAGAAUAAAAUGAGGAAAAUUAAAUUGGUAAUUGCUUUCAUUUAUUUUCAGUAAAGUAAAUGUCAAGUUUGGUUACUUUUGCAAGAAAUGGAGGAAAAAUCAAAAUAUUAUCAUUGAGAAUGGAACCUAAGUGGAUAAGGUAUGGAAGUAAAACAGAAAAUGCUGGAAAUGGAUAGGGUAGAGAGAGAGGGAGAGAAACCAUUUCUGCUAAUUGGGGGACUAGCAGACAUAGUCUAAAAAUUAGAGCCGGGCCUU